AUGGGAGCGGGAUGGUUCUAUACACCGAAGCAGAUGCUACACUACUUUGCUACUCGAUUUACGACGCUGAGACCCCCUCGAACCAAGCUGCAAAAUCCGUACGCUGUUCUGCGAACACUCGACCGUCAUGAAUGGUCGAUGUUGUUGGUUGGGUUCGCUGCCUGGACGGUCGAUUCGUUCGAUUAUUUCACAGUUCCUCUGACUGUGACGGAGAUUGCCAAAGAGUUUGGGGAAAUGCCUAGUGCAAUUACUUGGGGCAUAACCAUAACCCUCAUGCUGCGUUCUGUUGGAGCAGUCAUCUCUGGUUGCAUUUGCGACAGAUACGGGAGGAAGUGGAUCAUGAUCGGAAAUCUCGCUCUGAUCGUCAUCGUGGAGAUGUGCUCCGGAUUCUGCAAUAAUCUGCCUCAAUUCAUCGGAGUUCGAGCUCUCUUUGGUAUCUGCAUGGGUGGACUUAUCGGUGUCGCCACCACCACUGCUCUUGAGGACUUGCCAUAUGAGUCUCGAGGUAUUGCAAGCGGUAUCGUGAACAUUGGAUACCCGGUCGGCUAUCUGCUCGCGACACCAAUGUAUCGUGCUUGGGUUCCAUCACACGGAUGGAGAUCUCUCUUCUGGUUCGCUUCAGGGGCUCCUCUUCUUGUCCUUCUAUGGCGGCUCUACCUGCCGGAGACCAACAGCUUUCAGAUUCUCAAAGCCUCCCGGGAAGACAAACAUACUCGUCAAGAUCAUAAAAGACCCAGCUCGCUCCGUGCAUUUUUGAGCGAGGCGAGCUUCGCUCUCCGCAAAAACUGGGUCUUGUUCAUCUACAUGGUCGUGCUGAUGACUGCCUUCACUGCCCUUUCGCAUGGCGGUGACGAUCUAUAUGCGACUUUCCUCAAACAACAGCGGGGCGCCAGCCCUGAUCGGGUCACCCUCACGAUCUGCAUUGGACAGAUCGGCGCCAUCAUAGGAAGUCUUAUCUUUGGCUGGAUCUCAAGCUUUAUUGGCCGACGUCUGACAGUUAUUGUGACUUGUUUGUCCGGUGGUGCACUCGUGGCGCCUUAUGUGUUGGUCAGGGGCGACAAAUUGAUCGCCGUCACGUUCUUCCAACGUUUCUUCAACGGCGCGGUCUGGGCACCGAUGGCAGUACACCUGAUCGAGUUGUCACCACCACAAGUGCGAGCAUUCUUUUACGGAGUUACCUAUCAGUUGGGGAAUCUUGCCAGCGCCGCGAGUUCCACCAUUGAAGCGACGAUCGGUGAAGAGUUCCCUCUUCCGCCGUCAGCAACCGGCACGAAGAGAUACGACUAUGGCAAAGUCAUAGGCAUUUUCAUGGGCGCAGCGUGUGGCCUCAUCGUGAUAUUGAUUCUACUGGGUCCCGAAAUGACGCAAGAGGAACGAGACGAAGAAGCACUACUCGUCCACGAAUCUGAAGAGAUGCGAGCCAAUGGUCGAAGUCUGGCGGAAAUCGGUCGGAGCAGAACAGAGGCUGGGGAGAAAGACUCGUCGAGCGGCGACGUGGAAGAUGCAACGGAGAAGCGAGCUUAUGUCUGA